AUGACGGAACGUACAAGCAGAAAGAAGACUACAACUGGAGAUAAAGAAGUAGAAAACAACUUAUCAGUUAAUACGCAAGGAGAACAAUCAAAAACUCCUGCAAAUAAUCAAAGUAACCAAGGGAGUGUCAAAAAUCCCGGUUUAAGUCAAAACCAAGGAGAUUUAGAGAAGUCCAAGAAUCUCGGUUCAAGCUCAUUGACUCAAGACCAAAGAGAUUUAGAUCAAUCUAAGAAUCUUGGUUCAGUAGGGAAGACUACAGAGUUAAAUGAUAGCCAAGAACAUGUUGAUAAAAGUAACAGUUCGGUUUUGAAAAGUUUGGAGAAAACUACAAAUAACGAUAAUGUAAUCAUUGGGAGUAACCCUAUCAUAAUUGAAGAUUUGGCAGAUGAUCAAGGAUCGGAUAAUUCAAGCGACUUGGUUAAUGCUAAUCUAUUAGAUGUGAACAACGCCUUCAAACAAAUCCCAGUGAGGAAGAGUACACCAAAGAAGAUUAAACCAAAGUCGGUAAUCUUAGAAAAAGUAGGUAGUGACAGUCAAUUAGUAAAUCAAGCUUAUUUGAACACCUUAAAGAGCAUACCAGAGAAUGUACAAAAUGCUGAUGAAACAUGGAUUGUAGGAGAUUCUGUGAUAAUAAGCGCAAAUAACGAAUUCGAUAACAAUAUCGAUUUGACAGAUAAGAAUGCAGUACUCAAAAAGGCUAUGGAAUUGACAAUGAGUGGUGAUAGCCAAGGUGCAACUAAAUAUUUAAAAGUGUAUGAAGUGUUAGGACAUCUAGAUAUCAUAGUCCAAAGACCAUCAAGUAAAAGAGCGACUUCAGCAAACCCUCUUUUAAAUGAAAAUCAAGUAGAAGCAAGAGCAGACGGUGGAAUUUUUGAGAACGGGAUGUGGUUCUUUCCUGACAGAACAACUAAUUAUCAAAACCAUAGUUAUACUGCUUUCUUCAAUAGAAACAUUAAAGAAUUAAGAUAUCCAAUUCCUCUAACUAUUUUUGACAAAGACUGGCAAAAUAAAGCAAUGGGAUAUCAUGCUAAGAAGAAAGUAAAAUCCAUUGAAGGUGAAUUGAAAAACAAAUCGUGUACAGGUUUGCCAUAUGCAGAUGAAUGGCUUUUGGAUUAUGGAAAUUGGAGCAUUCAUUAUAACGGAUACAUAAACGCUCUGCGAAAUGUAGGGGAAUUCACAAGAUUUGUAGAUUGGUCCUUAGCUCAUAAAUAUUGGCGGAGGAAUGUUACCAAGCAUCCAGAAGCAGAAAACCCUUAUGUAGAAGGCGGUGAAAGAUACGGAUGGGAUCCGGCGACUAGUAAACCGCCUAAGAAAUUCGAGAAGUCUAAUCAAUAUCAGAAUAAAACCAGUUUUCAAAAUAAACAACCUUACCAAAAAUGGAAUAACCAAACGACUAGUGGAAGUGGACCUAGUGGAUAUGGUGAGGGAUCAUCAUUGAUUAACAAACCUUUUGAGAAAAAGAAGUCCCAAGGAGGUUACUUUGGUAAUGAUUUUGAUGAAGACUAUAAAGAGAAGAAAGCUGCAGAAGCACCAAAAAACAAACAACCGGAGAAAUUUUUCCCUCGUUCAGAUUAUAAGAAAGAUUUUUAUUUGUAA